AUGCCUGGCACAAAGGCCAUCGUCACCCUUUACCCGCUUAACGUAUCGGACGUCCUUCCAUAUCGUUCCUUGACAUUCACGUCGGACUACGAUCAUAUCGAGGUUGGCCGCGCCUCGAAACGUGAGAGGAAGAACCUCAUCCCUACCAACCAUAAUGGACUGUUUGACUCUCGCGUGAUGUCACGGAAUCAUGCAACGUUGCGUGUAUGUUUAAACAACAAGACAGUCUAUCUCAGUGACGGCAACUCUAUGCACGGCACCUGGGUGAACGGGGAAAAGAUACGCGCUGGCGAGGACACUAUUGUUAGGAGCGGCGAUGAGGUGGUUUUUGGAACAGAGGUUGUUCGUGGCCAUGAGACUUUUCCUCCACUUAAAGUUCGCUGUGAACACCAGUGGAUAGAUUCUGGUGACGAGGUUGUGUUGGAUGUCAGCAACAACCACCAACCAAAGCGGGCAACUAAUACGUUCUGCGUUCCCGACGAUGACGACGAUUAUGGCAAUGAAGUGAUUUACGAUUCAAUCCCAGCCCCAGUAGUGACGGCUGUUGAAAGUAGCUCUGAGUCAGCAGACUCAGAUCCUGGCUUGGAUUCGGACGACGACUCAGUCAUGGAGAUUUCCUCCCCAAUUACUUCCCCGCCUAAAGGUGGUGACAUCGUCGGAUCACAGCAAAGUCCGAUUGAUAUCGACAGAGAGCAAGCUGAACAGCCUCUUGCAACCCCAAGAAUGACUCCACCCUCAGCUGUUGAUGUCGCAGAGGAGACCAGCAACAAGGUUCAAGAACAAACCUCCUAUAUUCUUCAUAACCCGGAAAGUACAAUAGUUCUGGAUUCUGGAGAACAGUCAGUUGCCGAACCUAGUGACUGGGAGAGUGAAGAUGACGACCAACCUGGUUCCAUGGAUGACUCAAUGUCCGAGUCACAGUCGGCAUAUGAUGAGGAAGAAUCUGACCCCGAGAGGUUUUCCGUGAGAUUAAGCUCUGCUCCAUACAUGGAUAUCAGUCAGGGCAUACAAGAAGACACGGCUUGUGGUGAUUAUGAUACUUCGAGUAGGGAGUUUUAUUCGAAAGGCAAGGAAGCAGAAGGACGCACGCCGGAUCUUACCCGUCAGACCGCGGCCAGCUGCGGAAUUGGUAUGCCUCUCUUUGACACUACCUCUCGGAGUCUCAAUGAACCGAGUACGUCUUGGCCGGUUACUGCCAGAGAUGACGCGAAUCCCAGCCUCCCUUUACAUCCGAGUGGAAAAUUAUUCGAUCACUCACUGGCCGGGUUCAAUUGCACUGCCUUCACACAGGCAAUGGAGCCUUGGCAAGCACACCCUGCUGACGGAUCAGCCUAUCCUUUUUCAGAUCACUGUAGCCCACGCCCUCCUUAUAAAGAUGGUCCGUUUGUCAACUCACUAUCCCAGUUUGUUGAGAGUAAUAAUCGAGAUGACGCUAUAAUCCCUGCCGCUACCGCUCCUGGUAACGAAAACAUGCAGAGCCGAUCUACCGAUAUUGAGAUCCGUGGAACGGAGGCGGGCGGCGACAUCAAUCCGAGUAAUGUUGGUGUGCAAUCCUCAUCCCUUCCAGAGAAAACCCGUGCGCCAGAAUGCGAUACCUUUGCCUCAUCCCAUAAUAAUGUUGAUCCAACAUCGUCAAAGGCUACGGCCAUCCCUAGGCAGGGGCUCAAGAGGAAAGCAAUGGAUGCGGAGAUCAAUUCCCAGGAUGAUGAUAGCGUCGUUAUUCAGGAUACUUACCCCUGUACUGAGAACAAUCGCUCAGUGGAUGAGAGACCUACAGAGGAAGAGGAUGAUUCAUGUUUUCCUGAUGCCCAGCCACAAAUCACUGUACCCGAACUGGGAAACGUACCAUCACAGCUCACCGAAUUACCUGCCACACACGCUUCUCAAAAGCCCGAUAGCCAUUGCCUUUCUAUCCCAGACAACGGGAGACCGUCGAAGCGGUUGAAGACAACGGCAACAGCAAAUCUCAAGAGUCAUGCUGCUACUGCUGCCCUAGGCGCAAUUGUUGGUGCAGUCGGUACUAUUGCUAUCCUUGCCUCGCUCCCUGCGGAUUACUUUGCUUAG